UUACACAUUCUAGCAAUUAGCACCUUUUGCAGUAGACAACUGCGAUCGGAUGGAUACGGGAUCAAGUGGUAACAGUGUAAAUCUUGCAUAUUCCGGUUUCUUUCUCUUAACUCUGGUAGUACCGUAAGCCACUUCUCACCCAUUCAUUAGUGGAACUGCCAAUUGUGACGCCCAUCGUUUGGUGCAACCUUCGAUAUUUCGCAAACUGCACUUAGUUUGUCUGGAGCUCGGGUUAAGAUGGGUGCCUUUCGCUGGGAGUUUUACUUGGGUGGAGUUUUCGUUCUAGGCUUGAGCUUAGCACAUUGUUUUCUGGUGUUUCCUCGUCAGGGAUCCUUUGGUCUACUGGCUGCUGUGGCCAUUCCACUGGAACUGGGUCCCAAAAAUGUGUACAUGGCCUUCAACUUUGAGUCCAACUAUGCACUGCCUUCCAACGAUUCCUACAAUCAGUGGAUUGACAGGUGGGAUUUGGAUGAUCACUAUCUGGGCGUAGGAGGCAAUGUGACUCCCAUAAAUGCCCGCCAGGAUGGAGGUGAUUUUCCACAGGACGAGGACAACGAGGUGAGGCGUCGCUCGGUGGGAUCUCCGCCUCCCUUCAGGCGCCACGACUUCUACCGCAGCAUUAUCAACAUCCUGACCCACUACGGAUUCAAUGGCUCCGCCUGCCUGCUGCGAACAAUCUGCGAGGUCAGCGAAUCGCCCCUGGAUGCCCAAAACGGGCUUCUGGGCAGCCUGUUUCAGAUUCUAUUCAUGCCAACGACAAGUGCCGCGGAGCAGGAACUGCAGCACGUGGACGAGCUCUACAAGGCCUCCGAUGCGGGCACGCAUGGCCCGGGAUGCUCCGAGUACGUGGCCCACUGCGGACAUAGUGCUCUGGACCUGAUAAGCAUUGUGCUCUGAAUAGCUCUGAAAUGUUGGUGACUAGAUUUAAAUUUUAACUUAACUAAAACGCAGCUU